GAAAGAAAAUGAGCAACACCACACAAACAAGUCGCUUAAAGUCGACCUCUGGAUUAGACGAUGGAAAGUCGGAUAUUUCCGAUAGGACGGAAGAAAAUUUUGAAUUCGAUUCGUCAGAAGACGAAGAAAUUUCGAUGAUCUUUGGUUUCAAGGAGGAAGAGGCACGUCAACGGUUGAUCAGCUUUCCAAAUUCAACCCGUUUGGUUAUCAGUCCAGACCUGCAAGCUGAAAUCGGGAUGGAAAUUGGUCAGACGAUUAGCGUAGAACAUCCGUGGAUGCAGAUAAAAAAGGAAGUUCUCGAAGAUCAUGUUCCAGAUAAAACAACGGAACAGCAAUUGUUGAAGGAAAAACUGAAAGAAAUGGAAUCAGGAAAGUUGAUUCUUAUAGGAUAUUCACCACAGCUGUCAACAGAAGAUGACGUCUUUGUUAUAUUUGUCGAUGACCGUGAAACGAAGGAAGCUGCUGAACUCAUUAAGCGAAUUGAAAUGCUCGAAAGACACAAGGCACGUGGUGUUAUGAAAAAACGCCCAAAAAAGUGGAUGGACAAUGGCAGCCAUGAAAAGGUUCAAUGUUACAUUCCCGUAAAGCGCAGCAACGUAGUCAAUCUUGAAACCCAAAGCAUUUUUCCGGUAAAACGAUGCAACUAUGAAUUUUCUCAUCGCUUCGUAGAGGAUGUUCGGGACGGAUACGUGGAACUGGUGCCAGGGAAAAAGCGAUUCGAUAAUGUUCAACGUAAGCAAGUGGAUUUUUCUAUUCAAACUGGUCUUCCAAAAAUCAAUCAACUUCAGCAAACGGAUCCGACGUUUCCAACGAACGCAUGGUCACAGUACCUAUAUGAAAUUUCCGAAGAGGAAAGAGAGGCCGCAAACAAAACUUCUGUUGCUAUAGACAGUAACAAACGAACACCGGAGACUAACAGUUAUGUUCAAGAAUUACUUAACACCCUAGAAUUCAAUCAAGUUGAUAUGUAUAAAAACGACUACCCCUUUAUUUCAAAGAAGAAAGUUCACAAAUAUCAAACACCUGUAGUAGAAGAAUGUCUAUGCUUUGCCGAUCGUUCAAAAUGCGGAAACCGCUAUGUAUCUGCCAUCGAUUGGCAUCCUAAAUUAUCUGGCCUUUUUGUAGCAGCUUACAAUUUCGAAACGGUUUGUACGAUCGUAGAUUUGGAGAAAAGAGAUGCCGAUUCAGUUGACCCUAUCAACAGGAUAGUAUUUGAAAAAUGCCCCGUAUUAGUGUGGGGUUUCGAUGACACACUUACUCAAAAAUUGGAGCUACGGACAAACCGUGAGGUUACAUCAAUUUCUUUCUGUCCCUACGAUGGUGAUUUGCUUCUGGGUGGUCUCACCAAUGGACAAUUAAUUAUUUGGGAUUUGAAAGGACAAUUAGAUCGUGUCGAAAAGGUGGAAGAUAUGUCACCUAAGCAACUACUUUAUCGCAAGGAAAUCAGGAAACUAAUGGGGUGGUCAAAUUUUGAAGAAAUCGAUCGUACAGUAGAGCCGGUUGCCAUCAGCGCUCUUGAUAAGUCACCCAGAAAGCCAAUUACUGCAAUUAAAUGGUUGCCACGAAAUUACUACUGCGCUACAACAGGACAAGUUCGUGGCCAUGCAGAGAAAUUGCAUCGUUUUAUAUUGACGGCAUCGAUGGAUGGAUCAAUCUGCUUCUGGGAUUUAGAUUUCACAGUUCCAGCUGUAAAGAAAGCGGCACAGACUUCCAAAACAGUGGCGGAUAGCGAUAUUUCACCCUAUCAGUGCUUGGAUAACGUAUUCUAUCCUAUAUUUCGUAUUAAAUGCGAUAUUCCAGUCACUUCCGUAUCAAUCGAUGAAGCACAAUACAAAUUCAUUCCGAUAUCCCAUGAACACAGAAAAAUGGAUAUUGGUGCCAGAAUUGAACAUCAGACCGAACCAAUAGCGAUAGAAUAUAAUAUGAAGAUGGUGAUUGGUAGUGUGAUGGGUGAAAUAACUCAUGGCAACUGGGAGGGACACGACUUCGAUCAAGGCGCGACAACCAACGAGGAAAAUUUAAAGUCAAAGAAGAAAUAUGCGUCUAUACAUGAUGGGCCAGUACUCUCUAUUGACAGAAAUCCCUUCUGUCCAGAUAUAUUUCUUAGCAUUGGUGGACACGUUCUCGCGCUAUGGAGUGAAACUUGCCACACUUCGGCCAUUUUUUGGCGAAAGAGAAACGCAAGGGUGACGGCGGGCAAGUGGAGUUUGAAUCGACCAUCUGUAUUUUUCAUCGGAGAUAGCAAUGGUGAUCUGGAAAUAUGGGAUACCGUUGUAAGAAUCGAUGCGCCAUGUUUGGUAACAAGUUUGGGUGGACAUAUUCUUACAUUUAUGUCGCAACACAAACUGUCAGCUUCUAAGAAAUUUCUGGCUGUAGCGGAUUACAACAGUAACAUUCGAAUUUUCACCAUUCCUUCCAGUUUUUCGGAACCUGUUCCAAAUGAAAAAUCGAAGUUCAAAAAAUUUAUUCAACACGAACUUUCUCGCAAGAACGCGCAAGACUUAUGGAUUCAAACUUAUUACGAAGCACACCACGAAUCGAUUGAGGCUCAGACUAAAGCGAAACGCGAAGCCAAAGAACUUGCGGAACGUAUGGAAAUUGAGCAAAAAGAGCAUGCUGAGUUCCUGAAACGGCAAGCUGCUGAGGAGGCUAAGAAAAAAGCCAAGAUGGAUUCGGAAAAGCGGAUCGAUCUUGCCAAGCGAUUAGAAGCGCAAUGGAGACAGAAAAGCUAUAAACGAUUACUACACAGUAUGAUGGCAAGAAGAAACAUCAGCCCAGGGCAGCUGGCAAAACAAAUGCGACCAGAGAAGGAAAGAAGGAAAUACAAUGAAGAAAAACGCGUUGCCAUCGUGGAGGAUUUUGCACGCAUCGAAGAUGAUUACAAGGAGGUCAAGGCACAGCUCAUACCAAUAGAGAAAGUUACAAUGACCAGAGCUGAACAACUGAAGGGAAGCAUGGAUCGAUACAAGGAAGAGAUAUUGGAUUAUCAGCGUGUAGAAACAGAAGCCAAACAAGUUUUGCAAAGCUUUGAACUCCCUUCAGCUGCAAGUUUUGCUGAUAUCUUAGUACGAGGUAGACAGAGAAGAGAAAUAAUCAAUCGUGAGUUAGGAGCCAACAUUGAACACUUGGAGAGCUAUGAACGAAAAAAAAUGCAACGAGAACUAGGAACCAAUGAAACUCGUGGUGAAACAGAAAGCACCACGAGCCUUGACACGUUGCAACGAGCUCGUGUAGUCACUUUUAUUGAUGACAUUCCUGAGGAAUUGCGCAAACAAAUGGCACAAGAACAGGAACUCGAAUCUCCUCGAAAGAACACACCGGUUAAUGAUGAAUAGCAAAAGGUGUGACAAACAAGAAUGAGUGAUUACCGGUUUUGUGUUAAUAUUCUACUCAUCUAUUUAAAAUAAGCGACUGGCGUUUCGUCGGUCAUCGAACAUUGGUUUAACAUUCGAAGCAUGUAGGCUGGUUAGUGGGGCAUGAUACAGUAAAAUCAAGCGUGUUUUCUGGAAUGUUUGGCUAGUGAUAAACUUCGAUAUAAUAUGUGUGUGUAUUUACGCUUAGUUAAUGUUUUCAUAUCAUUAAUGCAGAUAAAAUAAAG